AUGGGGAGCAAAGCCCUGCACGCUCCGAUCCCCCUUCACCCGCCCUUGCAGCUUACUAACUACUCCUUCCUGCAGGCCGUCAACACUUUCCCGGCCGACCAGCUGCAGGGACUGUACGGCCUGAGCGCAGUGCACACUAUGCACAUGAACCAUUGGACUCUUGGCUACCCGCACAUCCAAGGACUGAGAUCGACUAUCACAGAAAUGGCAGCCGCCCAGGGUUUGAUGGACCCCAGGAUUCCAUUCCCGGCGUUGCCCUUCACCGCCGCACAGCUCUUCCAUCCAAAACAAGCCUCCGUCACGCACGGCGUGCCUUCGCUGCACAAGGACAGGCCGAGGUUCGACUUCGCCAAUCUGGCCCUGGCCGCAACACAGGAGGACCCGCCGAAGGCUGCGGAUUUGGCCAAGCUGGCGUCGGGACUAGGGGGAACCAUCACCGAGUUGAACAAGCUGUCCCCGGACAGAAAACCCACUCGGGGCAGGCUCCCGUCCAAGACUAAAAAGGAGUUUAUUUGCAAGUUCUGUGGCAGGCAUUUCACCAAGUCCUACAACCUCCUCAUCCACGAAAGGACCCACACUGACGAACGUCCAUACACGUGUGACAUUUGCCACAAGGCCUUCAGAAGACAGGACCACCUCAGAGAUCACAGAUAUAUUCACUCCAAGGAAAAGCCAUUCAAAUGUCAAGAAUGCGGGAAGGGAUUCUGCCAGUCUCGAACGCUUGCAGUCCAUAAAACCUUGCACAUGCAGGAGUCUCCCCACAAAUGCCCCACAUGCGGAAGAACCUUUAAUCAAAGAAGUAACCUGAAAACUCACCUUCUCACCCAUACAGACAUCAAGCCCUACAGCUGUGGCCGCUGCGGAAAGGUGUUUCGGCGCAACUGUGACUUGCGACGGCACAGUUUGACGCACAGCCCGCAUCGGGACUUCUAG